AUGAGAUCAACUCCUCCGCCAUCAGAAACUCGUCACUUUGUGGAAAUGGAUUCUGGAUUCCACCGAACCAUGCGCAAAAGCAAAGUGAAUAAAGCUGCUCGAGAGAGAGUUGAACGUCGAAAAACGAUGGCAAAACUACAGAAGAUGGUACCAACGGCUAAAGCGAACGAUUCACCGUUGGAAUUACUUAUACAUGUAAUGGAGUAUAUUAGUGCACUACAGCGUCAACUAGAAGAAGAUGAUAUGGAAUCAGAGAAUCGAGCUCCUCCGGCUGAUGUCUCUGAAUUGAGCCAAAUUUUCGCGAAUUUCUCAACAAGUUUCAAUCUGAUGUCGCAGAAGCAACACGCUUGA